AUGUUCGGUCAUUGCGCCGAUCGGGCUGCCCUGCUCGACCUGCUCACGUCCUCGGCAGCCGAGUCACCGGAGAUGGAAAAGGAGAGGGCUGGGCUGCAGGCGCAUCACAUGCAUGUCGACCCCGCACAGGCGCGGCAUCCGUACGUCCCCUCACUGCGACUGGCUCGCAGACCUUCGUCAUCGCUCGCGGAGGAGGAAGAGCGAGCAGUUGACAACACUACGCCGGCAACCUUUUCGGCGGCAGCAGCAGCGCCAUCAGUUCCCUCGUACCCUCCUGUGGCCCCGGUGAAGGGAGCCCCUUCUACAUCAGCAAGCCACUGUGUCGUCGAAGACAGCGUGCUUCGUCGGGGGAAUGCACAGGCGCGAUCGUACGCCGCCUUGAGUUACGGGCCUUCUACAGCGCACGAAGGUGUGGUUCAUCAGCCGACCUCUGGGGUGGCAGUCGUGGAGGAAGAGACAAGCCGGUCCCUUAUCCUGAGCUUCAUCGACAACUGCAUCUGCGCCGGCGUUCCAGAGGCCGUGAUCGCGGAGCAGGUGCAGUUCAUGGUGUCCUCCAUGAAGGAGUCCCUCGCCCUCCACGCCGCUCUGCAUGCGCGACACCACAAGGAUCGCGUUCGUGAGUACGAGGUGAGUGAGCUGACGGCAAUGCUGGAGCGUCAGCAGCUGCAGUUUGCGCAGCAGCACCCGCAGAUGACACAACCUGUGCUAGACGCUGCCCCCUCCCUCUCCGCAUCCUCCCAAAUCCUUGCCGCUCCCCCACCGAUGAGCUGCGUGCCGCCGCCGCCGCCGCAGCAGCAGCAGCAGCAGGAGCAGCAGCAUGCGCCGGCGGUGCACUCGACAGCGGAGGGGACGGUCCGUACAAAGCCGUUCCACUACAUCUCCAUCUCUCAACGGCUCUCAGACGACCUAUGGUCGUCUUCCCCUACCACAGACAAACCCGUGCAACAGUGCGCCGACAACGGGCGGUCCUCGCCGUCGUCCCGACACGCGAGGAGCCAGGCGGCGCACAUGGUGAAUGAUAGAGCUGGAAGUUCGUUGGCAGUGCCCGUCUCCUCUUGGCGUCCGCGCACGUCGGCGCACGCCUCAGCCUCGGAGGCGCCAACGGCCCCCGUUGCGCGGGGUAAGGAUAGCACCGGUGGUAGCGCAGCCGCAGUGCGCAGCAGCACUGACCACGCUUGCGCGCAGCCCCACACCCGGUCGCCGCCUUCGCGCUCGACUCUCGCGUCGCACCGACCAUCUCAGGCACGCAACUUUUCGUGCCAUCAGCACCCCCGCCACAGCCGCUAUCAGAAACUGUGCAGCGUCUGUUAUCCAAGCUCGUCAUCAUCGCAGCCUCCCUCUACCCCUACGCCGCAAGUGGCGGAGGUGGACACCUCUCCCGUCGUUGAUAGGCCCGCUUCCCAGCGGCGCAGCCCAAUGGCCAAGUGGAGGCCGUGGUACACCCCCUCGCAGCGCUACAUGAGGCCGACGCACACCAGCCUGGCACGGCGGGAGUCAAAGUCGCCGUCGUUGUCGCCCCUCCGCAUCAAUCCUCCAGCGGCGGUCCAUGGUCUUCGCGACGAGGGGCAUGUGAAGGGUUCGUCGUCGCGGUGGCGCAGCAGUGACAACGCCUCGCUCUCUUCGCAGGGAGCCACGUCUGCAGUCUCAGGGCACCGCGCAACUAUGCAGAAAUUGCUUGUCCGAUCCACCCACAGCAGCCGCCUUCGCGCAACGGCAACUUCUCGGCGGCAAACGGCGUCCUCGGUGUCGGCGUCACGGGCAUCGUGCGAGGGUGAGGACGAGCUAAACGAGUUCGGCACCCGCGCCGACGCAUCGGCGGUGCCGGUGCUUAAGCGCGGCGAGCACGUGGGUCGCCUAGGCAGCCCGGACACACCUCACGCUAAGGAAUCAGCCGCACGGUGCGCAGCCGUAGUGGCAGGUGACUCCCUCCGCGCGACUCUGGCGCAGAUGCCGACUUCGGUGGCGCGUGUUGAUCCGUCGUCCGGGGUACCGCCGCCGUCCUCCUCUCCUGGUACGUCGAACUCAAGCGCGCCCCGAAGAUGCGCUCGUCUCUCCACUGACCCCAAGCCCACCCUCGACACCACUGGCAGCACCCGCGGCGGCGGAGACGGGGAGGCCGGAAAGUCGACGAGUGCCGCGGCGGUGACGAGCGCCACGCCAACUCGAGGCAGCAGCGAGACGCCCCCAGCUUACUCAACAGCGGCAUCGUCUGCAUCCUCGUCAACACCGGCAGCUGCCGUCUCAGCUUCCACGGCGCAGAGGUCGGCACCCUCGCAAACGACGCGCGAAGCAGCGCAAGUGAGGCAGCUGGAACACGGCCACCACCAGCAGGGUCAAAAACGUCGGCCACGUCGGCCGCCGCCUCCACCUCAGCCGCGGUUGAGCUCCAGAGAGGCAGGCUUCGUGUUAAACCUUCCCGCAUCUGCGGCGGCCGUUGUGGACGACGACUGCAGCGAUGCUGGCGUGUGCGUCACCAGUCCUGAGCUGCAGCUCUUCAUGGAGCUCACCCAACGCAAGCUUCGGGAAACGGAGCGGGUGCUGGCGCAGGCGCCCACGCCGUCACGUAUUGCCUCCGUCCCACACCUCUGCCAAAGCCCCUCGCCGAUGUCCAUCGUCAACGCGUCGCACUCGUGCGCACCGCGGGACAGUAUCGUCGUGUCUCCCUGCGGACCUUCCUCUAUUGAUGCACAACAGACCCCACUGCUCGCCAAAAGCUGGUCCGACCGGUCGCUGGACGCCGUGCGGGCGCGACAGCAGCGGCGCCUCGCAGAUCUUCGCCGGCGCUUCAGCAGCUACGACGCAGUCUCGAGCAACACCAGCCCGAAGGACCCUCACGCUCUGCCUGGAAAGGUGACUCGCGCGUCUUUGUCUGCGUCUGGGGUGGCUGAGGUGCCGCAUGCACUCCAGCAGUCCAGCUCCGUCAUCUUUCAGCCUCACUAUGUGCACUCUGCCUCGCUUGAGGACCCACCGCUGAUUCAGAUCUCCCCGACCUCGUCGGACGAGGAGAAGGACACGCACGAUGGAUGCAUCUAA